AGUUCCUUCCCCGCUUUGUUGCAAGAUGUGGGUCCGACGCUUUCGUGAUUCAAGACCCCAUUAGGAACAUCCUCACCGAAUCCAAAGAGACCAGACAAGAUCUGUGCUGGGCAGAUCCUUUGGAUUGAGGCUGCUGUGCACAGGAGUGUGGAUGGUGAAACUGGGACUGAGGAAGUGCUGAUUCCAAAGCAUCAUUCCUGAAAAAUCAAAAUUGCAUUAUACUUUCAAGAGAAUUCCACAGAGGUGUUGCCAAGGAAGUCAGAAUGUUCCUCCUCUGAAGGGAAAGACUAGAGAGGCCACUGGAAUGCCCCAAGCAGGAGAAAAUGAGGAGAAAGACAAGAAACUUAAAACACAAGACAGCUAAAGACAAUAAAGCACUCACAGAAGUGAGUGAUCAAGAAUCUGAAAAAGAUAGUAGUCAGUGCUGUGACCCUACAACAAACAAGGGAGUUCAGGCUGAAAAGAGACAGUAUGUAUGUACUGUAUGUGGGAAAGCCUUUGGUCAGAGUGCAAACCUCACGGUACAUGAGCGAAUCCACACAGGAGAGAAACCCUAUAAGUGUAAGGAGUGUGGAAAAGCCUUCAGUCAUAGCUCCAACCUUGUUGUUCAUCAGAGAAUCCACACUGGACUGAAGCCCUACACAUGCAGUGAGUGUGGGAAAUCUUUCAGUGGUAAGUCACACCUCAUUCGGCAUCAGGGAAUACACAGUGGGGAGAAAACGUAUGAAUGUAAAGAGUGUGGGAAAGCCUUUAGUCGGAGUUCAGGCCUUAUUUCACAUCACAGAGUUCAUACUGGGGAGAAGCCCUAUACUUGUAUUGAGUGUGGAAAAGCCUUUAGUCGUAGCUCAAACCUUACUCAACAUCAGAGAAUGCACAAAGGAAAAAAAGUUUACAAAUGUAAGGAAUGUGGGAAAACAUGUGGUUCUAAUACAAAGAUUAUGGACCAUCAGAGAAUUCACACUGGGGAGAAGCCUUAUGAAUGUGAUGAGUGUGGAAAAGCUUUCAUCUUAAGGAAGACCCUUAAUGAACACCAGCGACUUCAUCGUAGAGAGAAACCUUACAAAUGUAAUGAAUGUGGGAAAGCUUUUACUUCUAAUCGAAACCUUAUUGAUCAUCAGAGAGUUCACACUGGAGAGAAACCCUAUAAAUGUAACGAAUGUGGAAAAACCUUUAGGCAAACUUCUCAAGUUAUUUUACAUUUGAGAACCCACACUAAGGAGAAACCCUAUAAAUGUAGUGAAUGUGGGAAAGCAUAUCGGUAUAGCUCACAGCUUAUUCAACAUCAGAGGAAACAUAAUGAAGAGAAAGAGACUUCCUAAAUUACAAAUAUUGUUGGUGAUAGGGCUGUU